AUCUUUUGUAGAUUGACGUGACUAGCAUUGUAUGACUGACUGUAAACAUUACGCAACCAACGGAUUGAUUGAACUAUUUUGACGCCUGAUGCGGACGUUAAUACUUUGAUGAUCAGAUGAACUCGAGUCCAGGACUGGUAACAUACCUGGUAGGUGUUGAAAUUUGGCUCCAUGACGGAUGUUAAAAUGGAGAGGUGCUGAGUUGAAAUGCAGAUUAUCAUCGGUCACUAGGAGGUGCCCACUAUGUGAAAAGAUCAGUCGGGUUAAACAGUGUACAUGUACGACUGAACUGAAGGUGUGCAGAUCAAUACUGGUAUAGAUUUACUUGUUUAGAAAGCUGAAUAAUUAGUGAAGAAACAGUGGAAGUGCCAUCAUGGCAUCUGCUGGACAUGCACACUUCCAUGUCAUUAAUGAGAUAACCAAUAGCCUUUUCCUGACCAGUGCGUACGGUGUCAGUAGCCCAACAGCUCUUCGCACCAAAGGAAUAACAUGCAUCAUCAACAUCUCGCUGUCGUUUCAAACCCCGACGCCCAAACUGCGCGACAUCGAGUUCGUCCGGAUUGCCGUGGACGACAUCCCCACGGCGCAGUUGGGCGUGCACUUUGACCGGAUCGCCGACAAGAUUUACAGUGUGAAGAAAAGCGGCGGGAAGACCGUCGUGCAUUGCUACGCUGGCCGCAGUCGAUCGGCAUCGUCCGUGAUGGCGUAUCUCAUGAAAUACGAGCACAUGACUCUCAAACAGGCCCACAACCACGUGAAAUCGCGUCGUCCGGUCAUACGCCCGAAUCCAGGGUUCUGGAAGCAGUUGAUCACGUACGAGCAUCGACUUUAUGGUAAGAACAGUGUGAAGAUGAUGUAUACCCAUGCUGGUGCCAUCCCGGAUGUUUAUGCGCAAGAGCUGAAAAAUUUUGUGCAUUUGUGAGCAGGGUUCCUCACUGAAGUGAUGAUAUUUCAAUUAUUGCUUCUGGUCAAUUCCAGCCAAAAGUUGCAUUUUUCCAUUUUUAAAAGUUUCUUUUCUGAGCAAUUUUGUUUAUACUGUUUAUAAGUAUACAGUUUAAGGUUUACAAAAGCACAUUUAUAUUUACUAUACCCUGAUUCAUUCAUAAAAUACACAAUGUGCACUCUGUUGCACUUUGGUACUAAGAUUUCAUAGAAAGUGUACAACUUUCACCCAUCUCUGGCUCCUGGCAUGCAAAGGGUGCUGAUGAAAAAUUCCACUGUCCAUGUGACCUCCAAGCAGUAAUUUACCAUUACCUGUAUUGUUUUACAUGCUGCAGUGAAACGGCGAGGCACAAAAUACAUUGCAAUGUGUGAAUGUUCGAUGUCCCAUAAGUCACAGUUUUGAGCAUUAAGUUUACCUCAUAUGCUGCCAUUGACUCCUGCAGACAAGCAUUGGACUUUUUUAUCUACUACAGUACAUGCAUGCAUCAACAAAUCAAGCUGCAUCUGCAUUGGACUUGAAAUAGCUCUACUGGGGGGACAUACAUUUAAGUCCCAUAAGUCACAAGUCCCAUAAGUCACAUAUACAGUUCGUAAACCAUGCCACCUUAAAGCUGUCCAUGACAGCAAAGAGAGAGACAAGAAUGCUUAAAAGCUGGAGGGUAGUCUGCUGACUGUCAGAAAAAACAGUCAGAAUAUCAUAGGCAGUGCAUGGGAACAAAAAAAACUUGCAAUGUGUGCACAGCCCAGAAAGAAGGAGAAAACUGAAUAUGAGAUAUCUCGCUAAAAUGCAAAGCUGAAUACAGGUGAAUUGGGUUUGUUUCGCCCUAGCUUUUAUUCAUUUUUUAGGUCCAGAUCACUCUCUUGGUUUUCUUGUCCCUUGAAGUAUGCAUCCACUGUUUUACAUAUGAUGUGAACUUGGUAUAUAGUCCCAUGGAAACUCGACCUAUUGCAAUGUCCCAUCAGUCACAAAUUUUGUAGUUGAGGGACCCUCUGGAUCCUGUCAAAAUAAAAGCACCAGUCUUCAGAUGCAUAAGGCUACCAUGAACAGAGCUGUUAAAAAGGCACAUACAGCACUCCCUACCAGCCCCUGUAAAUGCCAAAAAGUUGUUCAGAAGCUUGCCAUCAAGUUUUCUCAGAAUCAUUCCUGCCGCCUGUCAAUAGUAAGGAACAUGCGCAUAUAGAGUACCGAAGUGUGACAUGGUGACAUCACGAUUUCAUGACAUCGAAUCGGCCGGUUCUAAACUGAGUCGCAGCUGCACAAUCGUCUAUACACAUCUGUAUUUGCAAAAAUGGUGAUGUGUGUUGUCCCUGGUUGUUACCAUCAUUCUGAGAGUCGUAACAGGGCACCGUUUCAUAAAGCUAUUCAUAACUUAAGAGCGACUUUAAGAACGACUGGUGAUCCUUGUGGUGAAUGUUAUCAUAAAUUGGCAAUGUUUUAGCGUGUAUAAAGAAAGGAUCACCAGUCGUUCUUAAAGUUGCUCCUAACUUACGAACAGAUUUAUGAAACGGCCCCCAGGUUCUUUUAGAACCAGGCCGCCAUUACACCAUGGCAACUGACGUCAUUGCUUCGGUACUCUAUAAAUGAUGAUGUCCUUACAGGCAUUCUGAAUUUCUAUGAAAGAGAUGACAUAUCAACCCAAGCAGCUCGCAAAAAAGAAUUUGUGAUAGGGUUCACAUGCACCCCAUGACAUAUUUUUAACCUUUUUUUUUGUAUUGCCUGAAGUGUAUAGUUAAUGAAUCUUGUUCCCUUUGCCAAACCGUGUUCCAUGGGGUUCCAAAUUGGCAAUUUUUGGUGGCCAUCUUGGAUUUUCAUGAAAAUCAAUCAAUUUUCAUAUUUUUUGCACAGACAAUGGUAAAAUCUUCCAUGUAAAUGAAUACGCUUUUUACUAUACAAGUAUAGAUAGUAGAAAUCGAUUGCAAUCGUUUUCUAGACAGUCCAGUUAAUAAUUUUUAAAAAAGGUAAGAAUUUAUGCCAACAUUUUCAUGUUUUUUGUCAAAAAUUUGCAUGUGCACUGAUAUCUGUUUUAUCAUAAACAUCAACAAUUAAUGAAAAAUAUCAGCAUUCGACACGAAAGAGAAUAUGUUAACGAGAAUAUUGAUAUACUUCAUGGCAGUAUUAAUGUGUUAAUUUGCUUAUAUGUAACACACUGAAAAGGUAACUUUCUUACCAUACUGUACGAGACGGAUAGAGAAAAGCAACAUUUAUUUGUCCCUGUAACAAAUAUGUCCUAUCAUUAUGUCCCAUCAGUCACAACGGAAAGUGUGUACAUUCUUAUUCUAAUUGUUCAUUGUUCAUCUCUUUGCUAAAUAUUUAUGAUUGUAAUUGUUUAUUGAUUAUUUUGUACUUAUUUGAUUACAGUUUUUAAAGCCUGCUGACAAGUUAAGAAGCUUUUUUUUUGGGGGGGGGUUAAUGUUCCCUUUAUAUACAUGAAGUGCAUGAAAAGAUGUUUCUGCCCUUUGUUGAAUUUAUUUCUGACACAAUGGCAUGAAUUAUUAAAGGUGUCAUCUAAUUAGGGAAUAUUUUUUUAUGCUGAAAUUAAGUUUGACUUAAAAAGUCAUUGAGAGGAAAUGUAAAUUCCAUGAAAUGAGAUAGGGUCCCAUCAGUCACAUUCACUUGUCCCAUAAGUCACACACGAUUGUACACAACUACUGAAACAAAUGAAAUGAAUCAAGUCCAAUUCAAGUACUGUUAGUGAGCCCUAUCACUGGUUAAUCUCCAAGCCCAAAUCUAAAAACAUUGUCAUAAAACUGAGAUAGUUAUGGCACUUUGAACAAAAGAGCUCAAUUUGUGUGGUCCAUCGACGUCCCAUAAGUCACAGUGACAUUUCUGAAGAUCUAGCACCCUAUGCAACCAAGCUGAAAGCAUACAUUUUUGUAUAUAGUAAGUUUCAACAUUCUUCUUAUAGUUUAAUAAAGUAAAUCCAUGUUUGUGCAGCUACUAUUCCAGAUAUGCACUUCAGUUAUGUGGAAAAAAGUAUCAAAUGUCCCAUAAGUCACAAUGGAAUUGACCAUCUACAUGUACAGAAAGGAAUGCAUAAUAUGCUGUAUUCAAGAAUGGAUAUUUGAAAUGUUGUUUGCCUUUGCGAAUUAGACAUUCUUGACUUCGAUCUUACUGUAAGUGAAGAAACAUCAUGUUCAAAACAUUGUAAGUGUAAUAUGAUGAGAAAAUGCAUACAUGUACAUCUGAGAGCCACAUUGUUCAUAACAGGAAUUGUCCUUAUUCGCAGUGAAGUGUGAAUUGAUCAUCAUGCAGACUUUACAGUUUGGAGCGAUGCACUGUGCCACAUGUACAUGUACAUGUAUCCUAAUGGAGCUCAAAUUUUAUGUGUUUCAAACUGGAGUGAUUUUGUGAGCGAAAUCAACAUGGUAUAUAAAUGAAGAUUGAAGAUGAUCCACAGCUUUGAUGGGGCAAUUUUAGACAUUUUUUUUCAAGCAAUUGUAGUGAUGUCACUGAAUGCUAUUUACCAUGUAUGUACAUGUGUGUCACUGCAUCUUUGAGGAUUACUUCGUAUUUGAUGUAGAGUUCAAAUUCUCCAUGGCGAUUUUUCUGAUUUUCACACCACUGGAUGUUUGGUCCACACACAGAUCUGUUGUAUAUAAAACUGUGUGUAACUUGAUAUACAGUUACAGACAGCUUUAUGAAGCAGUGCUUGCCCUGUUCGUGUACGUGAAUAUUCAGUGAGAUAAUUGAAAGUUUGCUUAAUAAAAUUUGUUGUACAUGGACAUAG